CGUAAAUACUAUUUUGUUUUCUUAAGAAAAUGACUUGUGCGGAGUUGAGCACCAAAUCAAGUCGGCAAUGAAAGUGCCGGCUUUAGUUUUAUAGGCGACCGCCAUUUUUCCCGUUCGCUCCAUCCAUUUCCCCGCACGGUUCCCAUCUCACGUGCAAAUCCUUUUUCUCUCGCACAUCAAUGGCGGGCACAGACGGCGGCGGAGAAGAUGACGACUACAUGGGCGAUCUCUCCCUCUUCAUCCCUCCUGAAGACUCCUCUUCCAAGAAGAAGAAGUUUGGGCCCAAUAUCGAAUCGCCGCAGGCCCCGAAGCCGAAGAGACCGAAGGGUAUAAGCUGGCAGGAGCAGCGGAGGCUUGAGAGGGAGCGAAAGCAGCGGGAGGAGGACGAGCAGACGAUGGCUGGGCUAGAGGCAGCGAUCCCGGAGACGAACGUGGGGUUCAAGAUGCUGCGCCAGAUGGGGUACACCCCCGGGUCGGUGCUGGGGAAGGGCGGGGCCGGGCAGGCCGAGCCUGUGGGGCUCGAGAUCCGGCGGUCCCGGGCUGGGAUCGGUGUCAUCUCGCCGCAGGAGGAGGCAGCGAGGAGGGAUAGAGCCGCGGCGGAGUGGAAACGGUGGAGGGAGGAGGAGCUGAUGGCGGAGUUCGGAUCCCGGCAGAAGACGCAGUGGAGGAGCCGGCGGAUCGUCGGGGAUUACCGGAAGGCGGAGGCAGCAUUGGCGCAGCUGGAGAACAGGGAGGUCGUUGAACCGCCUAAGGAGGAUGGAGAUGAGGGAAAGGAGGAGGAGGAGGAGGAGGAGGAAGAAAUCACCGAAGAGGAUUUGCAUGAUAUAUUGAUGAAGCUGCGGGAUGAACAUCAUUACUGUCUCUAUUGUGGAUGUAAGUUUGAAUCAGCAGAGGCACUUGCAAUUGAUUGUCCUGGACCUGACGAAGAGGACCACUGAAAGCGAAUCUUUUGGCAGCUUGGACUCAUACAUGUGAUGUUGUAUGUUCACAUCUUAUGAGGAUGGCUGCACACUAGAUAUGCCAAAAGAAAUCCCGGAACGGACUUGACUGUUUACAAGAACCCAGAGGAUCCAAAGAUUGACAGGCAAUGCAUGAGGUCAUCACCCUUAAGCAGAUGGUAGAUCUAAAUUCUGUGCAUAUUAUGUCAGUUGAUGUCAUAAAGUAGAUCUCCACACUCAUGACGAAACAGAGGUGGUUUAAUCUGUCAACCAAGAAGCCUGUAGCUUGCAUGGAUAAAGGUAAUAUAUUUACGGCUACAAGAAGCCUGAUCAUCCUUCAGCUGUGGACAGAUGGAAAUCAUGGCCUCACCAGAUGUAAUAGCCUUAACAGGGAUUCAAUUGCUGCUGGAGCACCAAUAGAACCAGGACCAAGCUAGAACGCAAGCUAGGUCUCAAUCUCUGUUUACCUAUACAUGAGACGUAAUCUAACAAGUUGUUACAUGCUUCUCAUUUCUAAAAUUUUUUGCAAUUAAACAGAUACCAUUUCGAACAUUUCGAAUUGUCUGCUGCUUGUGGCCUUAGAAUGCACUGUCAUGUUUUGUUAUUUGUUUCA